AUGGAACAGAUUCAAGAAAAUGUUAUACAAAAGAUUGUUAGUAAAAUAGAAGAAAAUUUAUUAAAAGAAAUAAUCGGUUUAAUAAAUAAUAAAGUAGAAACUCUUUAUCUUCAAAAAAAAACAUUAGGAAAAGAUAUUUUAUUACCUCAACAAUUUGAUAAUAUUCGAACACGAGUUGUAUCUUCUUUAAGAAAUAGUUAUCAUCUAUUUGCUGAUGGUCUAAAGAAAUCAAAUUCAAAAUACGUUAAAAUAGCUGCUACUACUCUUAAAGCAAUAGAUAUCAUUAAUAAGUUGUGGACUGUAGUUCAAUCUGUCUUUAAUACUUUAAAAGAUAUUAUUGAAGAUAAAGUAGUAAGACAAGCUAUUAAUGGAACAUUAAAACAGAUUGGAAAAACCAUUGUACAAGGAAUAAAGACAAUGGUUGAUUCACAAUUUAAUGGAAAAAAUCCAGCUAAUAUAAUGAAACAAUCGAAUCAAAAUAGACAAAAUCAUGCAGAAAGUCAAAUUGCUAAUAAAUCAAGAAAUCGAAAACAAAUUACUGCAAGUUAUUUGAGAGAAGCAAAAGAUAAAGAUAGAGCUUUAGGUCUAGCUGAUAUCAAAAUGUUAGCAGAUCGUAAAAGAAGAAAAAUAACUGUUUACAAUUCAGAUACUGGAGAAAAAGAAAUAAUAAAUCCUUCAGGAGUAAGAAAAAUACUUGCUCUUUUUAAACAAUCUGCUAAAAUCUAUUAUGAAGCAGAUAAAAAUUAA